ACGUUUAUAGUGAGGUUUUUAUAUUUCUACGAUAAACAAACUAAAUUAGGCCAGAUGACCGCUGAUAACCAGAGAAAUAAUUGGAUGAAACGCAAAGUUCCUCUAGAUAUGUAAAAAUUGUUCUAACAGCAAUCAAAUACCAAGAAAAGUCAUCUGCCUAGACAGAAUAAGCAGAGGCCAUGGAGCAGAUCUGUCGCAUUUGUCUGGGAAGAUCGGAUAACUUGGUGAACAUCUUCGAUGCCAGGCGAAAGACCCGAGUUUCCAUUGCCGAGAUGAUUGCACAGUGUACUGGCUUUGAAGUCAAACGUGGGGACUCGUUUCCGGAACUGAUAUGUCCACCGUGCUUGGAGGAUGCCAAGAAUGCAUUUUCCAUCAGACAGACCUGCGAGAGGAGUCACCAGUUCUACUGCCAAGUUCGGGAUGAUGGAAUCGAGGAGGCCUUGGGCACCUUGCUCGAGGAAGAGGACUGGGAUUGGUCGGAAAAGUGGAAUAACUCUCCAUCCUAUGGUGAUGAUUUCCAGGAUGGUGACGAAAUCGACAGGAAGGUGGUCUCUUUUGAAUGUCAGGAAUGCCCAAAGAGAUUCAAACGAAAAGGUUCCUGGUUGCGGCACAUGAGAACCCACUUGAAUGGACAAUCCUUUCCUUGUGCCUACUGCUCACAGAAUUUUAGAUUUCGGGUCACCCUCAAUGCGCACAUCAGAACCCACAAUUCGGUCAAGCCCUAUGAGUGUGCCCACUGCCCCAAGUCCUUUGCCCAGCAGUCCACUCUGCAGUCGCACGAGAGAACGCAUACUGGCGAACGUCCAUAUAAGUGCGCCCAGUGCUUUAAGACCUUUAUUAAAUCCUCGGAUCUCAGCCGGCACAUCCGCACCCACGGAGGAGAAAGGCCUUACAAGUGUUCCAACUGCUCGAAAACCUUUACCAGGAAAUUCCAUCUGGAAAACCAUCUCCUUUCGCACACAGGGGAACGAACCCACCAGUGUUCCCAAUGCCCAAAGGCCUUUGCCCUAAAGCAGCAUCUCAAGGAACACCUGCGCAUCCAUUCUGAAGUUCGUCCUUUCCAGUGCUCCCUUUGCUCCAAAUCGUUCCGACUCAGCAGUACCCUGAAGGAACACAAGCACAUUCACAAUGCGGAAAGAACCUUAAAGUGUCCCCACUGCUCAAGUGCCUUUAGGCAGAGAAAAGCACUGGGAAGACAUAUCCUAGAUAUUCACCAACGACCAUUGCUUAAAAAAGUACCAAAAUAGAUUGUAUAAGAGUUAAAAGUUCACAGUUGUGUAUUUUUAAGUAUUAUAAUAUGAAGUUUGUAAAAAUAUUUUUUUGAAAAAUAUACAUUUAUAUAAUA